AUGACCCUAUUCUCCCUUUUCUCCGCUCAACUUUUUCUCCUAACCGCCGCAUUGGACGUUCCCUCGGGAGAUCUGGAUCCCGUCAGAAUCACUGAACUUUUCAAUGAUUUCGCAGACGAGUUGGCAUCUUUCUCAUUCCUAAUUUUUCGUCUUCUAUUUUCAGAUUCGGUAAAGUUUACCCAACGCCUUCGGAUCAGAUGAACGCUUAUUCUGCGUUCAGUGCAAACCUUUUGAAAAUACAAGAGUUCGUCCUGAUUUCAAUGUUUCACAAAAUCUCUGAAUCCUUUUCAGACUGCGAAAAGAGUUUGAUGGUAGGGAAUUAGAGUUCGGAAUCAACCAGUAUUCCGACUUGAGUGACGCAGAAUUCGCGCAGAAGGUGUCCAAUCUGGAGCCGAGCUAUCAGAGGGAAUCUUUGGAAAAAAGCAAGAAAAUCGGGAGUAUACCGAGUUUUCUCGACUGGAGAACACGAAAGAAUACAGUGGGAAAAGUGAGAAAUCAAGGUGAGAGAUGAUGUCUGUCGGCUCAUAAUCUUAUUACAAUCUUCCAGGAAUCAGUGGUUGCGGAUGGGCGUUCGCAGUCGCCUCGGCCCUCCAAUCAGCAUACUCUCUCCGUUUCAUAGAGUUGCUGCAUCCGUCGGAGCACAGUUUGUGUGCAUGUUCCCAGGCGAAGAGUCUAGAAGAGGGACUGCGAUGGGUCAAUGAAUCCGGAGUUGCGUUGGAAGACACGUGGAAUGGAACGUGCUCCAACUGGGAGAACAAAGUGAGUAAUCUAAACCGAAGGCGUUGUGAUCACUAAUUUCAAUGAACCACUUCAGAUCUCACCUUACACCUUCUUCCCAGUAUUUCCGAAUUCUGAGCACGGAAUACAGAGAGCUCUUGUUGAAAAUGGUCCAAUUAUUGCUUCGUUCAGAGUAGGACUAGCUUUCCGCCAUUACAAAUCGGGUGUGUUCAACAGCACCGACUGUCGGAACACUGGAACAUCCGUGAGAUUUCAGCAGUUUUCACUCGAAUCGAAUCCAAUUGUUUCGGUUUUCAGAUCGGUUGGCACGCUGCAACAGUCGUUGGUUAUGGGAGUUCGUUUGGAAAACCAUACUGGACAGUCAAGAACUCGUGGGGAGAACAUUUUGGAGAGAACGGAUACGUAAGAUUUGCGAGGGGAGAAAGUCUGUGUGAUAUCGAGACGGCGCCAGCUUUUGUAACUGAAAUGUGA